CAUCCAUGUCCUUUUGCCAAAUGCAAUGAUAGCAGACCAGAAUCGUGAAUUUCACUACUUCUUUAAAUUCGCAGCGUUAUCUUUCUUUGUGCUCCUAGUAUUUCUUGUCGUCAAUGUCUUCAAGAAGGUGCGACAAACCCCGAAAUUGCGCUCGGUCGCCAUUCUCGUGUUAGGCGAUGUGGGACGCAGCCCGCGAAUGAUGUAUCAUGCAGAGAGCUUUGCUAAAACGGAGUUUAGCACCUAUCUCAUUGGAUACAAAGGCGCCAAGCCGAUACCUUCGCUAACCUCCCUCCCACAUAUCAGGUUGUCCUACCUCUCAGAACCGCCACCGUUUGUUGCACGGAUCCCCUUCGUUCUAGCGGCUCCGAUCAAAAUUUUGUACCAGAUAGCCACCAUUCUAUACACGCUAGUCUUUGGCAUACCCCGUCCGCCCGAGUUUAUCAUGGUGCAGAAUCCCCCAAGUAUUCCCACUCUUGCCCUAGUGUGGUUUGUCGGAGGGAUAAUGGGAAGUAAAGUAAUCAUCGAUUGGCAUAACCUCGGCUAUAGCAUACUCGCAUUGAAAUUGGGACAGACGCAUCCGCUCGUCAAAAUUGCGAAACGAUUUGAGAUGAUAUUCGGCAGUUCUGCGUACGCUCACCUUUUCGUCACAAACGCUAUGCGAGACCAUCUGGUGCAGGAAUGGGGCUUAAUAGGACACAAGGCAGUCUUGCAUGAUCGUCCACCUAGCCACUUUCACAAGUGUCCACCUCCAGAAGUCCAUGAGCUCUUCCUGCGGUUAGGACGCUCGAUAUCGCCAUCACUUGCAGCAUUUCUCCCCAGUGCUUCACCGCCUUACUCAACCCAAUUCACUGAAGUACACGGACUUCCACUGUAUGUGGCUUCUCGCGCAUCUGCUCUUAACUCCCUGAGUAUGCCCAGUCUUCGAAAAGAUCGCCCAGCACUGUUAGUGAGUAGUACGUCAUGGACACCAGAUGAAGACUUUGGCAUUCUCUUGGAGGCAUUGAAAAUCUAUGAGGCUCGUGCUUGCAAAGUGAAUGUCACAGAUAAUGAAAAUUUACUAUCAAAACGCGAUCCAAAGGACCGACAAGCCUUGCCUCGCAUAUGGAUGGUCAUCACGGGCAAAGGGCCGCUCAAAGAACGAUACAUGGCAGAAGUGGAGCUCUUGCAAAAAAACUGGCACUAUGUCAGGUGCACGAGUUUAUGGCUUGAAGCCGAAGACUAUCCCCUGUUGCUGGGCUCUGCUGACUUGGGUGUCUCCUUACACUCAAGUUCAUCCGCGCUCGACUUACCAAUGAAAAUCGUUGAUAUGUUUGGAUGCGGACUCCCCGUUUGUGCCCUCGAUUUUGCAUGCCUUCCAGAACUGGUCAAAGACGGUGUUAAUGGCCUGGUUUUCAAAAAUGCGUCUCAGCUUGCAGAGCAUCUGGAGACACUGCUCACUUCUUUUCCUUCGUCACCUGCACUUGAUACUUUACGGACAUCUUUGCAACGUGCAUCCCAUGCACCACUCAAUGUCGAGCAUCGUGUCCAUAAUCACGAACACCAAGAAGGUGCUGGCUGGGAGUGGGGUUCUUGGUCAGAGAACUGGAACUGCGUUGUGAAACCCCUAGUACUGAGAGAUGCAGAACGAUCUGGUUGAACUGUGGGCCUACUUUCGGAGUGACCGAUGACGGGGUUUUGCAUGGGAUUUUGAUUAUAUCUGCCAUUUACCUGCAUUCUGUGCAAUACCAGUCUUAUGCUAUGAUCGCAUGCUUGUUCCGUGCCACCCGUGCCUUGGCCCACAGCACUUUUCUUGACUUGUCAGCCA